AUGAACUUGAUGAUGAAUGAUUCAAUAGAAAAAGAAAAUAUCACAACUUACCAAUACAACAUGUUUGACGAUGUGACUCCUAUUGGUGAGAAUAUCUUUAAGGCGACCCUACGAAAUAGUAGAAAAUUUGUAAUUCUCAAACAAAUUCAUUUAGAUGGAGAGUCUGAUUUAAACGACAUGAUCAGUGAAACUUCCGAAAAUCUUCUUGUUCACAACGAGAAUAUCAAACUGUGUACUUUCAAAAUAUCCAAAAAAGCGGUUGAAUCCGGAAAGUUUGUUGAGAAAUUCUUGGGUUCAUUUCAGUAUUCAGAUUCGCAACACUUGAGAUUAUGUAGCAACGCCAGCGAUUGCAAAAAGAGUUCGGAUAUAUUCGAUUUGGGAAUCAUUUUAUGGGAAAUUGCGAGCGGAGGUUCUCAAUCCGAUUCGCCAUUUGAUCCAAGUUCUUUAUCAAGAGAGGAACUAUUAAACUACAUUAAGAAUGGCGACAGAAGUAAAGUCGUCGCAGGAACACCUCGCGGAUAUUUGAAAAUUUAUACAGACUGUCUACAAUACGAAGAAAGCCUUCGUCCAAAUAUUUCACAAGUUUUUAGGGAUCUGAAGAAAAUAAAUAUUUCGGAUACAAUAAGUGAACUAGAAAUCUUAAUACCACAUUUUAAUGACACCAAAAAUAAAAAUUUAAUAAAAGCCGACAUUCUAAAUGUGGAGGAUAAUGAAUUUGAACCUCAACAAAAGCCAUCAACAAAAUCUGCCAAAUCCACGGUUCGCUCUACUGCGGAGACUGAUGCGUUCAUUAAAAGUUUAUUCCAAUUUUUUACGAAUUUAUUCUUUAAGCAACACAUUGUUAUGGCGCCAGUUUUGAUAAAAAAAUACAUCAAAGAUCACAAGAAAAAUCCUGUUAAAGUGUUUCAUCAGUUGCUUCAAAGUCAAUAUCGAUCCUAUAUCACAAGUAUGAUUGGUUGUUUUUAUCAAUAUGGAAUUGGCGUUGUUGUGGAUUACAAAAUGGCGUUUGAAUAUUAUUCGCUGGCUGUUAAUGAUACAAUUGAUUCCGAAAACGAAAUAUCAACCUGGAGCAAAUCGUUUAAAAGAUACAAUAUAAUCAACAGUAGAAUACUUAUUGCAAGUCUGUAUAUAGACGGCAAAGGAAUCAAUCAAAACAGGCGUAAGGCCUUUCAGAUUUUGCUAAAAACGGCCGCCGAAGGUUCAAGUAGAGCGGUAAAUUACAUAGGAUAUUGUUUUGAAAAAGGCUAUGGUGUUGAUCAGGACAGUCACAAAGCCUUCGUCCUAUAUUCGAAGGCUGCCGAACAGGGAUACUUGGUGGCACAGUGUAAUCGGGGCUACGGUUUUCAAGACGGCGUGGGAACCGAAAAAGAUGAGAUCAAAGGAUUUCAAUAUUACUUGAAGGCUGCAAUGGAAGGGAACGUGGUAGCAAAGUAUUGUGUUGGUUGGUGUUUUGAAAAUGGGCAGGGGGUGGAGAAGAACGAGGAGAUUGCCUAUUACUGGUAUUUAAAGUGUGCAAACGAAGGGUACAGCAGCUCUCAGAGUAAUGUCGCAUAUUGUUAUUGGAUUGGCCAAGGAGUUGCUCAGAACGAAAAGAAAGCGUUCGAAUGGUACCGGAAGGCUGGCGAAAAUGGAAAUGUAUUCAGUCAACGUAUGACGGGCAUUCGAUAUAUGAACGGAACCGGCAUAACAAAGGAUAUCAUCAAGGCCAUAUUUUGGCUACAGAAGGCUGCUGAAAAUGGCGACAAUGAUGCGGUAGACGAGUUGGAAGACAUAACUGGCUUCAUGUUUCUAUUAUUAUGA